AUGGCUGUGCGUAAGACAUUUCGCAAGAUCCGCAAUCGCGUCGCGCAUAGAGCUGGGCCCGGCAACCCUAUGAACGAUCCUGCGUCCCCCGCCUCUUCGUCAUCAGGCAUCGGUGUAUCAUCCGCCACGAAUGCCCCUGUACAACACGAAGGGCCGGCCGUGGGCACUGACAUAAACGAGCAGACGAAGGACAACAUCAUGUCACGAGGGGAUCAAAAGGAUAAUCGAUAUAGCGUAGUCGCGGGGCCCGUCGGGAAACCAUCCUCGGAUAUGGCCACGGCACAACAAGCUAUAGAAGGGGCGAAGGAGGAUUUUUCGGCCAUGCGUUCCAUCGGACUAGCUGAAGGAGGAGCUGCCUCAGCAAAGAACUGGGGGCCGCUGUUUAGCCGUGUCAAGCUGUUCACCGAGCUCGUCGACAGUAUCGCCGAGGUCCAUCCGUACGCAAAGAUAGCUUGGAGCAUACUGUCCACCGUGCAGAAGACCGUCAUCAGCCAAGUCGAGAUCGAUCAGUCCGUCCGUGAUCUUUUGGACACUAUCGAGGCCGUAUACGAGUUCAUGGAUCAGGCUCAGCCCGUGAGCUGCGUCAUACCGGCGGCGAAACUCCUCACGGCCCUGGCUCAGCAAACUACCGAGUGCGGCUACUUCAUACGUGACUACGCGAAGAACAAGAAUUUCGUAAGGAGGACCGCGUCAAACGCCUUGAAGUCACUCGUUCAUCCUGCUGAAGCCGCGCCAAAGCUGGUUAGAGAUUAUCAGGACAAAUUUGCGGAGCUGAAGGAGCAACUCCUCGAUGGGUCGACGAUCAGGACGGAGAUCGCCGUCCAAGAAGUGAAUCUUGUCCUCCGCAGGGUAUUGAAUACGGUCGAGGAGACUGCUGUGGACGUCCAGAUGAUGCGUUUGUACGACGCCUGCGCGAGGGGCUCUCGGUUCAACAGCGAGAAGAGAUGCCUCCCAGGAACCCGUCAAACGAUUCUACAGAACAUAGUGGACUGGAUCAAUGAUCCGCUCGAUCCACGUCGCAUGUUCUUGCUCUCCGGUCCGGCAGGAUCAGGCAAGUCGGCAAUCGCCCACACUAUAGCGGCUUUGUUUCACGAGAUCCGUUGCUUGGGAUCCUCGUAUUGCUUUGAUAGGUCCAAGGCGGAGCUCACCCGUACUUCUCCCUUCUUCCCCACCAUCGCCCGUGACCUCUCCGAGUGGGAUCCUGAGAUGAAGCUCACGCUAUCGAACGCCAUCGCUCAAGAUUCCGCUCUCGUCACGUCCGACGAUGUAGUAGGACAGUUCCGGCGCCUGAUUGUAGGCCCCAUGAAACAACUCGCGAUGUCGGGUCCGAUCGUCAUCGUGAUCGAUGCCCUCGACGAAUGCGAUUCGUCUGCACGCAGCAGCCUUCUGUCGGUUUUACAGAGUCAGAAGGAAGAGGACGUGCUCCCGUCCAAUGUUCGAGUCCUCAUCACUUGUCGGCCGGAACAAGACAUCACGGACGCGCUUCGGCACGCGCCCCAUGUUCGCAUUCACUCGAUGAGUGAUGUUCUUGACGCCCCCACCAACGAGGAGGACAUCCGAUUGUACGCUCGUGAUAGAUUGUCCACUGUCUUCUCCGCCCCGGAAGACCUCGGGAUGAUAUCCGCCCAGGUGGUCCGCUCAGCGGAAGGACUCUUUCAGUGGGCAGCCACCGCUUGUCGCAUUUUAGUCGCAAGGAAGCCGCCGAGGUCCAUCCAGCAACGGAUAGCAAUAGUAUUUCCCCCGGCUGGCCAGCGCCCGACGAAGGGGCACCUCGACGAACUGUACCUACAAGUAUUAGCAUUCACAUUUCCUCCCACGGAUGCGGAUGUGAUCGAGAACUUCCGUCGGGUGAUGAGCCCCCUCCUUACGGCCAUCGAGCCGCUCUCGAUCUCAUCCUUGCAGGAUAUCUUAUACGGACAAGAUCCGGAUAUAAUCAACGAGGUACUCGCGGGCAUGGGGUCGCUUUUAUCGGGCACGGACGGUUCUGCCAGAGAUGCUGUUGUCCGGCCAUUACACACCUCGUUUCGGGACUUUAUUCUAGAUCCUCAACGUAGUCAGGAGUUUGCUAUCGGGCCAGGGGUAGACGAGCACCGAGACUUUGCACGGGGGACUCUGGGCUUGCUCCUCAGCAGUCGGCUGCACUUCAACAUGUGCAAGCUCGAAACAUCCUAUCGACUCAACGCGGACAUCCCUGGCUUAGGCGAGCGCGUACGCGCGAACAUCCCUCCGAGUCUGGUCUAUUCCGCCCGCUACUGGGCUGAUCAUCUCGAGAAGACGGCGUAUGACCCUGACCUCCAGGAAAUGACGGAACAAUUGCUGAAAGAGAAGUUCCUGUUCUGGGUUGAGGUCUUGAGUCUUAUAGAGUCGAUGGUCACCUGCGCAUCGGCACUCGGGAAGCUCAAGGAGUGGAUUCCAAAGGCAUGUCACUUCUAUGACGUCGUGGCAGGACUGGAAAUGGACUCCAUUAUCCAGGAUUUCCUCAGAUUCAUCCGAGCAUUCGGGAUGACGAUCGGUGCUUCUGCUCCGCACCUUUACCUCUCAGCCGUACCAUUCGCCCCUGCGAGGUCCAGGAUAUGGAAAGACCUCGCAGUUGUGGGGCUCGAAGGCGGCACAAUCCUUGUUUAUGAGGUCACCACAGGACAGACCAUACGCACGUUCAAAGGGCAUACAGACUACGUUUCAUCGGUUGCUUUCUCUCCCGAUGGCAAGCGUGUCGUAUCGGGUUCAGACGACGAGACAGUGUGCAUUUGGGAUGUGCAGUCUGAGCAACUUGUCCAUCCACCGCUUCAGGGACACACCAAUCAUGUCACCUCCGUGGCUUUCUCGCCUGACUCCCAUUGGGUGGCCUCAGGUUCGUUGGACGGGACAAUCUGCUUAUGGAAUACUACAACCGGGCAGCUUGUGUGCGAGCCAUUGCGCGGCCAUUCAAAUGCGGUGUUCUCUGUCAUGUUCUCGCACGAUGGCGAGUGCAUCGUUUCCGGCUCGUAUGACGAGACCGUUCGCUUGUGGGAUACCACGUCAGGCCAGUCUCUUGGUUCCCCUUUUGAGGGACCUUCCCGCUGCGUCAUAUGUGUGGCAAUAUCUCCCGACAAGAGGUUCAUUGCAUCGGGUUCUUCGGUCGGGGUCAUUCAUCUCUGGGAUGCGACAGAACGUACUCUGUGUGCAACUUUCCGUGGUCACGUCGAAAAGUUGACAUCAUUAGCCUUCUCAAAAGACGGCCAACACAUCGUUUCUGGAUCUGUGGACCGGACUGUAAGGGUGUGGGAUGUGUCAGGUCGACGCACUGAUAUGGGUAUCGCUGGAAGUCACCCUGAGUGGCUUGGCGAGAUGGCUGUUUCACUAGAUGGAAAGUCUAUCGUCACCUGGUGUAACGAGGAUAUCACUGUGUGGGAUGUUUCCACGGGGACUGCUGCUGUUCAAGGCCGGCGAUGGCGGGGGCACGAAAGACAGAUAUUCUACAUGGGGUUCUUCCCCGAUGGAUGUCGUGUCUUAUCGUGCUCGUACGACGAUACUGUUCGGAUGUGGGAAGUCUCCACCGGACAACUGAUCCACCAAUUCCGAGUUCCAAACGAGGAAGACAUGAGUGUUAUUGGCUGGUGCUGCGCAGUCAUAUCUCCUGAUGGGCGGUUCGUCGCAAUGGCAAGAUCAGAACAAAUACGAAUAUGGGACAUCUCCACCGGGACACUGGUGCAUACUCUCCAAGGUCAUACUGGCGAAACCUGCGCCCUAGCUUUCUCUCCAGACGGGCAGCACAUGGCAUCGGGCGCGGUUGACGGCACUUUACGUCUGUGGGACUUUGCAACAGGCCAACCCGCUGGUGCACCACUGGAGGGACACGCCCGUUCAGUAAACAUUGCCUUCGCGCCCGAUGGCGCUUACCUCGUGUCCGGUGACUCCGACGGCGUCAUUCGGAUCUGGGACACCGCCACGGGACAGACCAUCUGCGAUCCUUGGCGCGGCCAUGACAGUUGGAUACGCUCUGUCGUUUUCGCGCCCAAUGGUCGAUGCGUGGUCUCGGGCGGAUUCAAUUGUGCAGUUCGCGUUUGGGACGCGUUCACUGGAAGGCCGUUCCGCGAGCCGUUUCUGGGACACACAGACUCCGUCAGUCAUGUGGCCUUUUCGUCGGAGGGAAAAUGCAUCAUAUCAUGCUCUCGCGACCAUACCAUCCGCUUCUGGGAUGCCUCUACGAAGUGCCCUGAGUCUGACGAGGGACCGGAAGAUGAUCACGCUGUCCUACGACGACCGCAUCCUGUCUCAUUCUCGCCAAACAGAAGUCACGCUCUCGCCGACAUCCAGCUCAUAGUACCUGACGCUGAGGAGAUGUCAUGGUUCCAGGUUGACGAUUCAUUCACGCUGCAGGGCGACGGCUGGCUUAUGGGAUCUGAUAAACGGCGCCUACUCUGGAUUCCGAUUCAGAACCGCAAGCUGCUGUGGAGGUCGCAGAACAGGCGGCUCGUGAUAUCUCCAGAGGAGGUCACCACGCUUAAUCUGAGCAACUUUGCUCAUGGCGAGAAGUGGGCCGAAUGCUUCAAGCAGGAAGCAGCAUGA